UGUACUAUAUAUGGAUUUUGGUUGGAUGAUUUUGGGUUUGCUUAAUAUGGGCGUAGUGUGAUAGUUCUUGUUGCAAUUUACUUGGUUUGUCUGGUUGUCAAGAACAUUUGGAGAAAGAAAUUUGGUAUUUUCAGUUAUGCUUCAUGAUUUGAGUAAAGAAAUGAAUUCUGGAAAUGACAAUUUUUGGUUGGGUUGAAGUCCUACAGAAGCAACAAGAGAUGAGGCAGGUUGAGUUGUUUGCAAAGGAGGGAGACUGGCAGAGUUUAAGGCCAUGCAAGCUCAAGCUGAAACCGACCUUAGGAAAUGGGGAGACUGAAAGUCAUGGAACUUAUUUAGAGGUUUGUUGUUGGAUGGGACAGAGCAGAAGGACAAUGGUGAUGGACUGGUUCAUUUGUAAUCUGACCAAAAUGAGAAGAUUGAAUAUAGUUUACCAUAUACCAAAGAUGCAUCUACAAUGCAUUCAGGCUAAUGAUUAGUUACGAAGUUCGUUCGAGGAUAAUGGUGUACUGCAAUGUGCUAUUGAUGAAGAGUAAGUCUUCAGUAACGAUGGCUGAAAUUUUAUAGGAUCAUGCCUUCCCUGACUUCAUAUAAAUUGAGCUAUUAAUUACUAGACAAUAGAGCUAUUAUUUUUACUUCACCUAUAUACAAAAACAAUGUCAUUCUAACGUUUUCUUUCUGCUGUACAUUUCAGAAUGAACUGGUAUGAUGCAGAGUGAAAACAGCCAAAUUUGUGAAAAUAGCAGGAUUCUAUAAUGCCUCCAAGGCACAUAAGCCGUCCAAGACUUCUGAUACACCAAGUUUCACACUAUCUUUUGUUUCUAUUUUUCCAGGUUUCU